CCGCGGCGCUCCCGGAUGACGUCACUCCCGCGCGGCCGGGUYCCCGUGCCUCGGACCGGACGUGACGCGUUUAGCGGCCGCCGCCACGGCCCCACGUGGUGGUGCGAGCGCGGGGAGCGGGGUCCGUAUCCGAGCGGCCUCUCCGGGCCCGACAUGAACCCCUUCGCCUGGUACCCGCCGCYCCCGCCCGGGCUGCCUCCGCCGGGUAUCCCCCCACCCUUCUUCUGCCCGCCGCCCUCCUGGGACACGAGUUUCUGGGCUGCCCCCGGGCCCUACCCGCCGCCCGGCCGGUACCCGCCGCCYGACAGCCACCCGCCGCCCAGCACCUACGCCGCCGCCGAACCCUACUCGCAGCCCAAGAGCUACUCAGAGCCCGCCGAGUCCUACUCGCAACCCGCUGAGAGCUACUCCGAGCCCGCCCAGAGCAUCCCUCCCGCCGACAGCUACUCCCAGCCUGCCCAGAGCUACCCUCCAGCAGAGAACUACCCCCAGCCCGACCACUACUCGCAGCCYGAGGGCUACCCCCAGCCCGCCGAGGGCUACCCUCCUACGGACAGCUACUCGCAGCCCAAGAGCUUCCUUCCCCCAAACAGCUACACCUCGCCCGCCGCCUGGUUCCCGCCUGCCUACGGAGCGCGACCGCAGGGCCCGCACGCUGGUGGAAAGGGUAAUUUCUCCCAGAAGUGGCAGGGCAAGCMAGUGCCUGCAUUUAAUAAACGUUGUCCAGAAGAAAAUAACAAGCCAAAGACCAAAAAGAAAAAAGAGCCAGUUUUCUCUCAUUAUUGUGAUACCUGUGACCGUGGCUAUAAAAACCAGGAGAAGUAUGAUGAACAUAUUUCACAGCAUAAACAGUGCACAGAAGAAGGUUGCAGUUUCAGUGCACAUGAGAAGAUUGUUCAGAUACACUGGAAGAAUGCACAUGCACCUGGUGCUAAAAGAAUAAAAUUAGAUAGUCCAGAAGAGAUUGCUAGAUGGAGAGAAGAAAGAAAAAGAAAUUUUCCUACGUUGGCAAACAUUGAAAGGAAGAAGGAAAUGCAGAUGCAGAAGGAGGAAAGGGGAGAAGUGCUGACUACCCAACAGUUUGGCAAAAUGAAAGGGAUGUGGAAACCUCCAGAAAAUGGAGAGGCUCUUGGACACCAAGGAAGACACAGGAAAAGACAAUGGCGCCCUUUCUGGAAGAAAUUUAGGAAAAAUGGUGGUGAUUAUCAUGCACAUAAAACUCAAAAUGAGGCCAAUGGACCAGAAAACAGCACGUGYGACAAGGAAGAUGAAAAACAAAAUGCUUUGGCAGGCCAAGCAUAUGAGAAGGAUGUGGACCCUCUUGGUCUUCUGGCAAACGGUGAUGUUGAAUCCGAUAAGGAUGAGGCAGCUGAGGAAGAUGGGAGGUUGGGAAUGACGGUUGUCCCCAAGCAGGUGACCUCUGCCCUUAGCUCACUGUCGGUCAACUAUGGCAGCGCAUCCGACAGUGAACCCGAAGAAAUCCCUGUCAAGUCGGCAACAAAAGCUGAGAAAAACCAGGCUGUGCUCAGAAAUACGCCUCAAACURCUCCUGUUCCUCAGAGUCUGAAACCGAAUCAAAGCCGCUCGCAAUGUGCAGGCACGACGUURAGGAGCUCCAAUUCAAAUGCUCGUCCUCCCAGAGGGCCUGAUAAAUGGGGCAGGAAGACAUUGCCUCCCCUUUCCAAGCGCCGUCCMACUCUGCUGGAAAUGUUGCUGGCCCAGGACAUUCGACAUGAAAGGAAUGUGAUUUUGCAGUGUGUUCGAUACCUCAUCAGAAAUAACAUGUUUGGACUUCAUAAUAAAACAGAACMACAGGCUGAAGCAGAAACUGAACAGUUCUCUACAACUACAGCAGAGUCUCCGGUGGACAAACCCGAUGAAUYGAAUUGUUCUUGUAGCUCUGGCCUUCAGUUAGAAGGAGGACAAGAAGAUGCAUUAUUAAUAACCCAGAGUGAGAAAGAACCUGUGGAUCAGACUUCACAGAUGGCUGAAUUGGUAGAUGAGGACACGUGGGAAGCCCCAUCAAUUCAGUGUGAAGGAGCACCGUAGAGGRUGUCUGUGGUGGACAGUAAAGCAAAGGCUCACAUUUUCUACCMAGCUGAUGCUUUUUGAAAGACAUCAGUGUAACCAAAAAUUAUUAAAGUCUAUAYUGAGAGCUGUUAAAAUCACUUUCCUGAUCUGUUCUGCCCAAGGUGUUCCAUUUCAUUGGAAAACAUGUUGAGUAAUUCCAUUUCCACAUGGCACAAAGGCAGCAGUGGCRUACUGUAUGACCUUCCCUAGAGUAGGUAGAAAUCCCCACUCUAGGUUUUUGGAAUUCUGAGUGUCUUAGCUUCUUAUGAAACAUGUGUGAGUCCAUCACCAGAGCCAAGUAGGAUGGAUCUUCCUCAUGUGAAGUCACAAUCUGGUGGGUGUGUGGACUGUCUUGAGUGUCCAGAAGUAUUUCAGUGUAGUUUCAAAAUGRUAAUUCAGUGCACACAUUAUUUUACUGUAAGAUAUGGAAGAUAUAACUGACCUGGUUCAAAAAAUACUUCUUGUACCAAGAGUCUCUUCCUCCCUGAAAUAAUUUGUUGAUUGAGCAGAGAAAUAGAAAUGAGGGCACAGGCUUUACUUAUUUAAAAAAUAAAGAAAGAAAGAUACUGUAACUGCUUGCAUCCGUGCUGGGUUGUUGGUUGAUCUCAGGUACUCCAUACUGAGCCUUUGGCCUUAACUCCUGUUACAGUUAUUGCCUGCCAAAUUAACUCCUGAAGCAAACCCUCAAUAUUAUUAUGAAGGCUGAGAAAGUUUACUAAGAGUUACUGGUUACUUUUCUCACAGACAUUGGGAAUUUAAAAGUUGGCCUUCAGGAAGAAUGCCUUAGUACAUUGUUUCAAUGCUCCUACAGCAGCCAGUGAUUGGGGUUUUUUUCAUGGGUUUGUGCAUACAUACACAGUGUUGUGAGCACUAAGAAAAAGCAUCAGCCAAGGUUUAGAAACAAAUUUAGCCUUUUGAUUAUACUGUGCAUUUGUUUGCCAGAAUGCUUCUUGUCAAGGGCAGGUGUUAGUUUGUCACAUUGACGCUGAAAACAUGCCACAAAAGUAAUCUAUUCUCAAAACCUCCGCUUCAGAAUCUGCUCUUUGUGUUUUAGUCAUGGUUAAAUGUUGCAGUUAGUUCUCAGGGACUGGCUUUAGUUUCUUUUUCUUUGGUAGAAGUCUAGCCUUCCAUUCCACCAGCUGAAAUAGGGAGACUCACGUGGGGCUUUUUUAUUGCCUAAUAGCUGUAUUUUCUUUCCUUUAGUUCCUUAACUUGUCACACAUUUCAUUUGUGGAGUAUAGGAAACAAGAAAUAGUUGAAAAUUCUGUCCUGCUGCUCCACUAUUUAUAACUACAACUACAUAUUGUGUUUGUAAUGCACUGUCUAAAUUUAUGGAAUUAUAUAAAUACCAACCCCCUUGUAAAAGUUGCGUGUCUCAAGAAUAUAUGGGCAGAAUAGAAGCAGUGAUGAUAAACAUUUAUAUUUUCCAAGGCAGAUGAUUCAUUCUUCCCAUGAUGAUCUCACGAGCCAUCUCAAUCUCACUGACUUGCCUYUGGCUCUUGCAGUUUUACUGCAGUGAAAAUACCAACAAAGAACACUUAGCCACGGAGAUCUGGCACUCGAGCAGAACCCGGUUUCAGUGGAGUGGUACCAGUGCUGUUGAAAGCAUAAGUAACAGCUGCAGGGAAAGAGAUGGAUGUCUUAAAUUUGCUGUUAAAUUGCACUUUAAACAACCCUGUGUCUUAUCAGAGCUUUCUUUGACUGUACAUUUUGACCUUGUAUUAAAAAAGACAAAACCUUUGCCCUGAAUUUUUCAUGCUGUUAUCAUUAUGACUUAAGAAUAUUAAACUUUCACACAAAGUCAAAAACUUUGUCAGAAAAAAAAUCUUAAAAGUCUGUUUCAUAUGGAUAGAAAGAAGUGGGUUUCUUUAUAGGGAGUUCUGUACCUGGCAUAAACCAGAAGUUUUAACCUAGGACUUGUUGCAUACAUGAAGAAUUGCUGUUUUUCUCACCACAAGCCAUUUCUGCCAACUCAUAUAAUAGCCACAUGGAGACACACUGCAGUGAUGUCAAACCCUGAAUUGCAGUCUUGGUCCAUGAGGUCUUUGUCUCUUCUUCUUCCCCACUUUUGUUUUCCUCUCCUUCCAGACCACUUCUUCACACACCCCUUCCUGCUGRUCAAGGAUGUGCUUUCUUAGUACUUUGGAUUCAGCCUUUGUAUAGGAAAGGUGCUGUCAAUGCCUGCAGGCUUUUCUGGUCCCUGCAGGUUUUCUGCUCUGGGUUAGCAGAGGUGGGUUUUGUUCAAUUGAAUAAAAUACUUCUCUGUGUCUGUAAGAAGAGCCUGUUUCUGGCAUGCUGCUGGAGCCAGUGUCUUUAGUAAGCUUUGUGUAGCUUUUAGCUUUCUCAUUGUCUUGAUUUGGGGUAGUUUCUUUUAAGUUUUUUUUUGCAGUGUUAUUAAGAAAAAAAUAAUCCUAGUGCUCAUUCUUUGUGACUCACUUAAGAUAAAAAUAUUCCAGUGACAACCUUCA